UUCAUUCCCAAUUCGGGAAGAGCCAUUAACGCUACCUUACCUUACCCUCUGGUUUUUUUGUGGCUUCCUUAUCGUCUACAGUUGAGGUCUCUCGUAAACCUUUAAUUCACCAUUCCAGCUUCCCUCCACCGUUGCUCUCUUCCUAUGCGUUUUCUAUUUCCACAGCUUUGAUUGUGGACCGGAAGGCUGUUGAUUUUUUUGUUUUGUUCCUCUCUGCUGCCGGACUAGAAGGGCGCAUGAAUUCCGAUUCAAAGGUGCAUUGAUUAAAUGAUUUGGUUGUUAAGGUCGAGAAGAUGGCCUUAAUCACCCAUCAUCCUCAGGGUUCUUGUGGAGAAUUUUCAUCAAGAUUGUCAUCCUGGAAUGGCUCUUUAAAGUUAAAACAGUAUGUAACAUCUGUUCGUACAGCUGGGAGAGCUGAACACUGUACAUCAUUAAGGAGCAAUAUUUGUUUAAGUGUAGGGACUCCUCGAUUAUGUGGACCAAGACCUAAUCUCUUGAGAGUUUCGGCCUUCAAAAGCAGUGCUCGAAUAGAAGAUGACACAAGUGGAGGAAAUGGAUCUAAGAUUCCCAACUACUCCAUAAAGCUUAAAGAUGGUGAUUAUUGUACAGAAACUCCAAAGGCAAAUAAUGUUCCACUUUGUUAUGCCUCGGGAGCGAAUGAGGAUAUUGCUCCAUCCCCUGCAAUUCACAAACUGUUCAAGAAAUGGUUGGUAUUGUUGCGCAGACAACCUGUAAGUCAGGAUGUGGAUGGGAUUCUAGAUGAACUGCCUUCGGCAGAGAUGUCAGAAACUCAACAAGAGUCUAAUAAAAAAGAAAGCAGUGAGAUUUUUCGAGGGGUCUGGUUCCACUUUCUGGGCCUUAAUGCAGCAGUGAAGAUACCUCUGCUAAUAUUUGUUCCUCUGUACAUGGCGGUCAACAUGUUCUAUGGGGCUGAAGUUUCAAGAGAAUUGACUCCUCUUUGGGUUUUGGGGCCCUUAUUGACUGCCUUCUACAUUAAGAUGUUUCAGUGGUUGUGCUCACUUUAUAUCUUCAGCUUUAAGCAGACUGCUAGAUUAAUAAGGAACUCCCCCACUUACUACCAGACAGCACACCAUUAUAUCAUACAAGGGAAACUUAAAGAAGAGGUCGUAGCCCGUUUCUUGCAACCUAUAAUCGACAUUAAGAAUCUAGACUACAAAGAACUAUCACAAAGAAAGCUCAUAGAGUUAAGAGAGUGGGUUCUUGAGAAGUACAUUGAUUUUGUGGAAUCAAUCUGGCCAUACUACUGCAGAACAAUCAGGUUUUUAAAGAGAGCUAAUCUCAUUUAGACUAUGGUUUGUAUUUUGAGGCAAAGCUUCACCAAGAGCAAAGGCUGGCACCGGUUUCUUUCUCACACUACCUAAGAAGCUCGAUUUGUUAUUGAAGCAUGGCUGGCCGACCACUUUUAAUGUGGGUUUCUUGGUGUUUUAUGAGCUAAUGAAGGAUCAGGACAACUUGAGUUGUCUGAUUUUUGUGAUUGUUGUGAUGAGGAUGUAAUCUUUUUUUCUUGUCCUUUUAAUUGGAAGAGGUCCCACAUUAUUUUGCAUUUUUCCUGUUAUAGUGAUGUAUGUGUAAGCAUUGUCAAUUUGAAUGUUAACAAUCUGUCUUUCGAUAUUAUAUUGUUUCAUAUUCAUUCUGA